AUGUUUUCUCAUACUAGAAAUUUCGAUUUUGCAGAUAUACCAGACUUAUCUGGCAAAGUUGCGGCGGUAACAGGCGGAAACUCUGGUAUUGGAUACGUUACUUGUAGAGAACUGGCAAGAAAAAAUGCACAUGUAUUUAUUCUAACUCGUAAUAUCGAAAGGGGCACUACAGCUGUUGAAAAGAUUAAACAAGAAACAGAAAAUCAAGACAUAGAAUUUUUACAAUUGGAUCUACAAAGUUUAAAGUCUGUUAAAGAAUGCGCCGAAUCUUUUUUGGCUCGGAAAUUACCGUUACAUAUUUUGGUCAAUAAUGCUGCUAUAGUGGCAACUAAAUUUUCUUUAACUGUUGAUGGAAUUCAAGAUCAAUUUGGAGUUAAUCAUGUCGGACAUUUUUACCUUACAAAAUUACUUUUACCAACACUUGAAGCAUCUGCUCCAUCAAGGAUAGUUAACGUUAGUAGUGAUGGCCAUAAGUUUGCAACUGGAAAUGCAAAUACUGAAUCUGUUGAAAAACUUACAAAUAAUCUUGGUAAAUGGUCGAUUCCAAUUUUUUGGCUUGCAAAAUUUAUAUUUCUUACGCCUGAUGACGGAGCAUUGACCACAUUAUAUUGUGCAACAAGUCCUGAGAUUGAAAAGAAGAAUCUGCGUGGAAAGUUUUUUAUUCCAUUUGGUGUAGAAUCAUCACCAUACAAUAAUGGUGAUGAUGAAGAAUUAGCAAAAAAAUUAUGGCAAUUUACUGAUGAUUUAUAA